ACUCGGGCUGGUGCCUCCGUCGCGUCCGCCCGCUGUCCCGCGUGUGUGUGUGUAUGUGUGUGUGUGUUGUGCCGCCGCCCGCACGCCCUCUCGCACGCCCACGACGCCCACCACAGCCACCACCGCUGUUGGGCGGGGGAAAGGUGGCUCACUGAUGGAGACCAGACUGGCUCCCUCUAUAGGUGUGCCAGUAGUUGAAGAGAGUGCAGCAGCAACAGCAGCAGCAGCAGCAGCAGCAGCAGCAGCAGCAGCAGUAUCAGCAGCAGCAGCAGCAGCGGCAGCAACAGCAGCAGCACCAUCAGCAGCACCACCAGCAGCAGCAACAGCAGCAGUAGCAGCAGUAGUAGCGGCAGCGGUAGCGGCGGCGGCAGCACCGAGCAAGCUACCAGCGAGUGCUAGUGUGUUGUAGCAGUGGCAGGUGCUCAUGUAGCCCUGGGCCACCAGUGACGCCCUUCAGAGGCCCAGUGUUGACACCGUGCAAUGUGUGUUGCCCUUGUGUGCCCCGCCCACCAUGGCCCACCGCCCGUCCCUCGCCAGUCCGCCCACAGUCCGCCCACCUCACGCCCGCCAGUGUCCCUGUGAGCCGGCCCCAGUGUCGUGCCCCCACGGGUAUUCUAGGGUGUGAGGCGGGGAGGAGGCAGGCAGGCCCCGGGGUGUGAGUGUAAGGGCAGGGGCGGGGAGAGCCAGCCCCGGGGUGAUGGGUUAGUGGGCCCCGCGGGUGUGUGAGAGGGGCCGGUGAUCUACUGCAGCUGCCGGCCGCCGCCACCACCGCCAAGCCGCCCGGCAGCCAUGUCCAUGUCCUUCUUCACGUUCCCCGUGCCUCGCUUCUUAUUCCGGGGCUCCGGCGACGCCCGAGACGACAAGGCACAUCAGCAGAGCCGUCAAAAAGAAUCCAAGUCCAACAAAUCCUACGAGAGCUCCGAUCACCAGCAGCAGCUCUCAGGGUCACUACCCAAACUCAGUAGCCAAGAUGACGACGGCCCCAACACUCAGACCAACUACACAGGAACGGGAAAUUUCGAGCCCAUUCCCCACGACCACGACUUCUGCGAGAGAGUCGUCAUAAACAUAAGCGGUCUUCGGUUCGAGACGCAACUCCGGACGUUGAACCAGUUUCCGGAGACCCUACUGGGGGACCCGGCGCGUCGGAUUCGCUACUUUGAUCCUCUACGAAAUGAGUACUUCUUCGAUCGCAACCGGCCCAGUUUCGACGCCAUCCUAUACUACUAUCAGAGCGGAGGGAGGCUCAGAAGACCAGUCAACGUGCCACUCGAUGUCUUCGCGGAGGAGAUUAAGUUUUACGAGCUCGGUGAGAUCGCCACCAAUAAAUUCAGGGAGGAUGAGGGCUUCAUCAAGGAGGAGGAGCGGCCGCUGCCGGAGAACGAAUUCCAAAGGAAAGUGUGGCUGCUGUUUGAGUACCCGGAGAGCUCGCAGAACGCUAGAGUGGUUGCCAUCAUCUCCGUCUUCGUUAUCCUCCUUUCCAUUGUGAUCUUUUGCCUUGAGACACUACCGGAAUUCAAGCACUACAAGGUGUUCAAUACCACGACCAACGGCACUGUGGUGGAAGAGGACGAGGUGCCCGAAGUCACGGAUCCAUUCUUCCUCAUAGAGACCAUUUGUAUCAUUUGGUUCUCCACUGAACUAUUAGUGAGAUUUUUCGCAUCGCCACUCAAGGGAGCGUUUUUGAAAGACGUCAUGAACAUUAUCGAUAUAGUAGCUAUCAUUCCUUACUUUAUUACGUUGGCGACUGUGGUAGCCGAGGAGGAGGGCGAGGUGAUGGUCAUCCCUGCAGAGACACUUUCCCCGCACGAAAAGGGGUCAAACCAGGCCAUGUCCCUAGCCAUUCUACGAGUUAUUCGACUGGUCCGAGUAUUCAGAAUAUUCAAAUUGUCUCGACACUCCAAGGGUCUCCAGAUUCUCGGAAGAACGCUCAAGGCCUCCAUGAGGGAACUCGGUCUCCUAAUAUUCUUCCUCUUCAUCGGUGUGGUACUCUUCUCAAGUGCUGUGUACUUCGCCGAGGCAGGCUCAGAAAAAUCCUACUUCAAGUCUAUUCCUGAUGCCUUCUGGUGGGCGGUCGUCACCAUGACAACAGUGGGCUAUGGAGAUAUGACGCCCGUGGGUGUGUGGGGUAAAAUCGUCGGGUCACUGUGUGCCAUCGCCGGCGUCCUCACCAUCGCUCUUCCUGUGCCCGUCAUUGUGUCAAACUUCAACUACUUCUAUCAUCGGGAGACCGACCAGGAGGAGAUGCAGAGUCAAAACUUCAAUCACGUCACCAGUUGUCCCUACCUGCCUGGCACUGUUGGCCAGCACCUGAAGAAGGACUCUUUAUCCGAGUCGUCUUCAGACAUCAUGGAGCUUGAAGAGGGAGUCUUACUGUCGCACGACCUCAGUAAAAAGCAGAAUUGCAACCCGCGCCACAACAACAAUAUAAACGCUAUGAGCAUCGAAACUGACGUCUGACACUUGUGUGGCAGGAAGGAUUCAAGCAGUGCCAAUACUGAGUGCACAAAGUAACUACAAAGUGGGUCAGGCUGCCGCGCCACCUUCACCCUCAAGCGGAGGAGGCAUCCCAGAGCAGCACAGGGUCGCGUGGGGUCAGGAGGUCAUCCAGCAUAUCGAUUCGAGACACAUUUGAGAUGCAUUCAUUGGCCAUCAUUAGUUCUUAACAUUAGUCAAAGGGGAAAAUGUAAAUAUGAUAGUCAUUUUCAUAUUUCAAAUUAUGUAUUUUUGUAUAAUUCUGCAUCUUCUAGAAUACUGGAUAUUGGCUCGAACCUUUCAGAUUUGGAAUUAACAGUGAUAACAGUCAUGAGUUAAAGAAAGAAAACGAAAUCUCAGCAACUCGGCUACUCUACAGGGUUGACUGAAAAAGAAAACGGUAUCCGGUCCCCCUCCAUAGGAAAAAAAAAAAUGGAUUGUGAAAUUGGGUAUUAUAUUCUUAAGUGGAGUUCUUAAAUGACUCCAACCCUAGACGUCCACUCCUGACCCAGCCAGACCCAAGUGUGGCGAAUCAAAACAAUGCGAGCGAUAGAUAGAUAGAUAAGAGAGAGAGAGAGAGAGAGAGAGAGAGAGAGAGAGAGAGAGAGAGAGAGAGAGAUGCUGCAGAGAUGAACCGAGAAACGUUUGAUGUACUGUACAUGUGAUAAUCCCGUAAUCUU